UCAAAUAGAUUAUGUUCAUCAAGUGUUGGAAAAAAAUUUGUAACCAUCACGCUCAUUAAUGAUGUCAAACAUGGGAAAAAGUACACUAACAUAAUCUUGUGCCGCAGUUUUAUAUUCAUUCUGCUCACCAGCCCACUGGUUUUGAAAACAGAAACCUUGUCAUGUAAUUACCACUGGACUAUGACUCCCUAUGUUGAUUAUGACAUCUAAACAUGAAGACGCAAUGAAAUUUUUGCUAAACCACUCAAUGCAUUUGAGAAAACCAAAGCCAAGACAAUGAAUGUUUCCCAUGGUUUUUUAAGAUUGUUUUAGUAUUUUAAACAUAUAAAUUGCCAGUGCACCUUGUUUCUAUGCCAUACUUGCAUUCCCAUAUGUUUUCUGUAUGAUCAAUGAUCAAAUCAAAUAGAUUUUACAGUUGUCUAAAUUUUCUGAAAGUGCUUUGAUAUCAUAGGUUUGGCCCUCUGCAAAUUAAAGUUCUAGAAACUCUGAGAACAAGAGUAUAGUUGGUAUUGUGAGCCUGAAAUGGCAGAAUCAAUAGGAAUUCCCAGUGGGCUUAAAUUCAGCAAAGUUCCAGAGGUUUGUCAUGAUGAUUCUGCUGCACCCAUAUCGGCCAAGUCCAAAGAGGAGUUACUUUCUCUGCAAAAGAAGGUUUCGAAGUCCUCAUCUGUAAGGGUUGCGAACCAGAACCAUAAAUUGAUCUCCAUAAGUUCGACUUUAACCCCCUUUUCAGGAAACAGAGGCCCUAGGCUGGUAACUAAGGACCUCAAGAAAGGAGUUCAAAAGCUCAGGGCCAUUGCUACCGAGCAUGCUACCAAGCACAUUGAGGUUCCUUCUGCUCUCCCAGAGGAUGUUGAUCUAAAGUUCACCAAUGUUCUCUACAACUUGUCUCCAGCAGAGCUGUAUGAGUAUGCUCUCCACGAAGAGGGUUCUUUCAUGACAUCAACAGGGGCCCUUGCAACUCUUUCUGGUGCAAGGACUGGAAGAUCUCCAAAGGACAAGCGUGUUGUUAAAGAUGAUAUCACUGCAGGGGAUGUCUGGUGGGGAGAAGGCUCACCAAAUAUUGAAAUGGAUGAACAUACAUUCUUGAUCAACCGAGAAAGGGCUGUGGAUUACUUGACUACACUUGAUACGGUAUUUGUCAAUGAUCAAUUUUUGAACUGGGAUUCGGAAAAUAGGCUCAAAGUGCGAAUCAUUUCAGCUAGAGCAUACCAUUCUUUGUUCAUGCAUAACAUGUGCAUACGCCCCACACCUGAUGAGUUGGAGAAUUUUGGAAGUCCAGACUUUACUAUUUACAAUGCAGGGCAGUUCCCCUGCAAUAGAUUUACCAACUAUAUGAAUUCUACGACAAGUGUAGAUGUCAGCAUUGCAAGGAAAGAAAUUGUAAUUCUUGGAACACAAUAUGCUGGAGAAAUGAAGAAGGGCUUAUUCAGUAUUAUGCAUUACCUAAUGCCAAAGAAAGGAGUUUUAUCUCUGCAUUCUGGAUGCAAUAUGGGAAAGGCUGGAGAUGUGAGUCUAUUCUUUGGACUGUCAGGAACUGGAAAGACUACACUUUCAACAGAUCCAAACCGAUAUUUGAUUGGGGAUGAUGAGCAUUGCUGGGGUGACAAUGGCAUAUCGAAUAUUGAAGGAGGUUGCUAUGCAAAGUGUGUGGAUCUUUCAAAGGAGAAAGAGCCUGACAUCUGGAAUGCAAUCAAAUUUGGAACUAUAUUGGAGAAUGUUAUAUUUGAUAUCCAUACAAGAGAGGUUGAUUUCUCAGAGAAAUCCAUAACUGAGAAUACAAGGGCAUCCUAUCCCAUAGAGUUCAUUCCAAAUGCAAAGAUCCCAUGUGUAGGGCCUCACCCUAAGAAUGUUAUUCUAUUGGCAUGCGAUGCUUUUGGUGUUCUACCACCAGUUAGCAAGCUGACAUUGGCUCAAACUAUGUAUCACUUUAUUAGUGGUUACACUGCCUUGGUAGCAGGCACUGAAGAAGGAGUGAAGGAGCCACGAGCAACUUUCUCUGCAUGUUUUGGUGCAGCAUUUCUGAUGCUGCACCCAGCAAAAUAUGCAGCUAUGCUAGCGGAGAGGAUGGAAAAGCAUGGUGCAACAGGAUGGCUAGUUAAUACUGGCUGGUCUGGUGGCAGCUAUGGAGUAGGGAAAAGAAUGAAGCUUGCUUACACCCGCACUAUUAUUGAUGCUAUAAACAGUGGCAGUCUGCUCGAUGCAAAUUUUAUCGAGACACCUGUAUUUGGUCUUCAUGUUCCAGAUGCAGUUGAGGGUAUUCCAUCAGAAAUAUUACAGCCCCAUAACAUGUGGUCUGACAAGAAGGGUUAUGAAGAAACUCUGCAAAAGUUGGCUGGCCUCUUCAAGAAAAAUUUCAAGAAAUUUGAAGGUUAUAAAAUUGGCAACAACUCUAAGCUCACCAAAGACAUCCUUGCAGCUGGACCACUUUAAAGAUUUAUCAUUAUUCUACUACAAUACUACUUGAGAUUUAUAACCAGAUUUUGUAUUUACCAGCUUCAGGGCAUAGUUUAAUUCCAUCAUUACUAAAAUGAGCUUCUUUUAGAUUGAUUUUACUUUCCUCUUCUUCAAGCCAGUGCGGUUUGACAUCAUCUGGCUCUCUUGUAAUUAGGCUAUUCUGGAUUAGUAUCCAGCUUAGGUUGAUGUGGAUCCAUUAGUGCACUGCAAUAAAAUAUAUUGUCUACUCGUGAAAAAAAUGGUAGACAUAUGUGGAGUAGUUGAGCUUCUCCACAUCCUUAUAGAAUUAA